AUGGGGUACGAGAGGAUACACAAAGUUCAGAUGGGGGUCAUCUCUCCAACCAAGCUCAGGAUGAAGCUGCUCGGCUCCCACGGCGGCAACAAGGACGAGUCUACUCGCAAGUCGCCGCGGGCGUCGCCGCCGUCGAGGCUCGACGACGACGACGAUGACCACCCCAACAACAGCCUCCUGCCGCAAGAGCUCGACGAAGAGUACCCCAAGGACCACCGGUCCGACUCUUCCCGGUCGCGCUCCGACGCCAGCCACGGCAGGGCGGCGCGCAGCCGCAGCUACGGUGGGAGUGGCAGCGACAGCGGCAUCGAGAACGGCGCCGGCGGCAACUUCGAGUUCUGCAAGGAGGGGGCGGCCGUGCCGGCUACGACGGUGGCGGUGUCCGCGCUGUUCUUCCGGCAGCAGGUGCCGUCCAAGUGGAACGACGCGGAGAAGUGGAUCGCGGGGCGCCACGUCGUGCACUCCAACCCCAUCUUCUCCAAGAAGCCCGCCGCCGCCGCCACGCCGCACUGCCCCGGCGGCCGCGUCGCGCCAGAGUCUGCGAUGGCGUCCAGGUCCAGCGGCGCCGGCGCGAGCGUGCUGACCGAGCUGUCGUCCAAGUCCUCGUCGCCGCCGUCGUCGGUGAGCGGGCCGGCGAGCAAGCCGCCGCACAAGAAGCUCCGCUUCGCGCCGUCGGUGUCCGUGUCGGUGUCGAUGCGGGACGUCGGGACGGAGAUGACGCCUAUCGCGAGCCAGGAGCAGUCGCGCAGCGGCACCCCCGCCGGCGCCGCCACGCCGUCGCUCAGCCCGCUCUGCUCGGUGCCGUCCAGCCCGAGGGGCGGCAGCGCGGCGGCCUCCUCGUCCGCCUCCUCCGCGUCGGAGCGGGAGCUCCGACUCAGGACGCGGCGCGAGAUCGCCGCGCUCGGCCUGCAGCUCGGCAAGAUGAACAUAGCGUCGUGGGCCAGCAAGGAGGAGAGCAUCCUCGCCGCGGCGUCGCCGGAGAAGGGCGCCGCAGCCAUCGACGAGGAGAUCAAGAGGAAGGCGUACGAAGCUCGCGCUACCGCGUGGGAAGAGUCCAACAAGUGUAAACUCGCGUCACGAUACCAAAGGAAGGAGGUGAAGAUACAGGAGUGGGAAAGCUUGCAGAAAUCCAAAUUCGAAGCCAAGCUGAGGCAGGCUGAGGCACACGCAGAGCAGAUGAAAGCCCGGGCGAAGCAGGACCUGGCCAGGCGGCUGUCGGCCCUGAGCCACAAGGUGGAGGGGAAGCAGGCGAGGGUGGAGGCGCGCCGGAGCCGGCAGGCGUCCCGGCUGGCGCGGCAGGUGGAGCGCAUCCGCAAGACCGGCCGUGAGCCGUGCCGGCUCCGGCGCUGCUGCGCCUGGUUCCUGUAG